UCCUUUGGUCUAUUCCUUUUAAAAUCCCCAUCUCUUUGUCACAAACACCCACCUGUGUCUUCUUCUAUCGACUCCUCUCUCUUACACGCACAACACUCACUCUCAAUGUCCGAACACAACAUUCAUAGAAUGGACAAUGAAGACCAGGAGGCCUUGUUUCACUCCUACCCGUGUGCAUACUACGUUCAAAGUCCAUCUACCAUCUCCCAUGCAAACAGUGCAGAUAUCAAGACCAACAAUAAUAUUCUCGAAUCCACAUACCAUUCACCAACAAGAUCAGAUACUAUACUCAUCAGCAAGAACCCUGAGGUCUCAAGGUUCACCCUUUCCCGUUACUCAUCCUCUCGUGGAUCAAACAACUCUUUCCUCAAUGAGAAGAAGGUUGGUGGAGCGGAGAAAGGGGUAAAUCGUUUGAUCAUUGUUGAUGGUCAUGGAUUUAACGUUGAUGAUGGUUAUGAAGAGAAGGAAGAGGUGGGAGAAGAAGAUGAUUUUUACGACGAGAAGAAAGGUGGGUGGUGGUGGAAAUAUUGUUCUUUUAGGAGGAAUUCUUCAUGUGCGUGGGUUUCUUGGCAAAUAUUUUGGAGGCUUGUGUUGAGUUUGUGUGUUGCUUUGCUUGUUUUUUAUGUUGCUACAAAACCUCCACCACCCAAGAUGUCAAUCAAGAUGGCAGGAAUUCGGCAAUUUGGACUAGGGGAAGGAGUUGACGGCUCUGGUGUUACGACUAAGAUCCUGACUUGCAAUUGUUCCAUUGAUCUAUUGAUAGAAAACAAGUCCAAGAUCUUCGGCCUUCAUGUUCAACCUCCAAUUUUGGAAAUGUCAUUCGGUCACCUCCGUUUCGCAAUGUCACGUGGCUCAAAACUAUUUGCUCAAAGCCAUACUUCAACUUUGUUCCAAUUGUCUGUGGGAACCAGGAACAAACCGAUGUAUGGCGCUGGAAGAAAUAUGCAGGACAUGCUAGAAUCAGGAAACGGAUUGCCGAUAGUGAUUCAGUUAAGCUUGAGAUCAAAUUUUCGAGUCGUUUGGAACCUUAUCAAGCCUAAAUUCCAUCACCAAGCUGUAUGUCUAUUAGUCCUGGAUAGUGCAUAUGAUAAGAAGCACCGUACCCAAGCAUAUAAUAGCACCUGCACUAUAUCUUGAUGAUCCUGUUUGUAGUGACACAAUAUUUAAAUUUCUUCACGCACUGGAAAUGUGAGAGAUAAGGAAUAGAGACAUGCAAAUUGUAAGAAACUUGUUUGUAAGCAUAAUGCCAGAUUUACCGAUAUGUUUCAUAUGUAGAUAUAUAUAGCUGUAACUAAUGAAAGAUUGAGUGAAAUGCAAAGAAUACGUGGGAGAUUAUGUGAGCGAUAA